UUUGAGCAUUAAAAUCCAGAGAGAGAAUCGAAUAUACUCUCUCUGUGUGUCUCUUUGUUUCUGUGAAAUGGAGGCCGAUGUUUCAAUUUGAGUUGAAACCCAGUUGAAUUGUGUGUCAAUUUGUGUCGAAAUUUCAAAAAAAAAAAAAAAAUCAAAUAGAAAUAGAAAUUAGGGUUUAUGAGAUUUCAAUUAAUGGAGAAAAUGAAGAAUCUUGCUGUGGUAAAUUUACUUUGCUUACUGAGUGUUUGUUGGGUGACGUCAGCCAGUGUGGUCUUGAUUGGGAACAACGUUACUCUUUCUUUCGAUGAUAUCGAAGCUAAUUUCGCACGGGCGAUUAAAGGGUCUGGUAAAUGUGGGAUAUUGUACCGAGCGGAGCCUCUUGAUGCAUGUUCAGACUUGAAUAAUAAAGUGGAAAAAGUUUCAAAUAGGAGUGCCUCAUUUGUAUUGAUUGUUAGAGGGGGAUGCAGCUUCGAAGAUAAAGUCAGAAAAGCUCAAAAGGCAGGGUUCCAAGCUGCUAUUGUCUAUGACAAUGAUGAUGGUGUCUUGGUUGCAACCUCUAAUUCAUACUCGUGGAAUUAUGCAGUGGCGGGAAACUCUGCUGGCAUAAAAAUACAUGCCGUGUUUGUGUCCAAAGCUUCAGGUGAAAUACUUAAACAGUAUGCUGGUUUAACUGACGUGGAGCUCUGGAUAAUACCAAGUUUUGAAAACUCAGCAUGGUCAAUCAUGGCAAUCUCUUUUAUUUCCCUUCUUGCCAUGUCUGCAGUUCUGGCUACUUGCUUCUUUGUACGCAGGCAUCGUAUAAGACGGGAACCUCGAUCUUCUCGUGUGCGGGAAUUUCAUGGAAUGAGUAGACGCUUAGUGAAAGCAAUGCCAAGCCUGAUAUUUACUGCUGUUUUAGAGGAUAAUUGUACCUCGAGAACGUGUGCCAUAUGCCUUGAGGACUACAGUGUUGGGGAGAAACUCAGGAUCCUGCCGUGUCAUCACAAAUUUCAUGCUUUCUGUGUGGAUUCUUGGCUCACAUCAUGGAGAACCUUUUGCCCGGUUUGCAAGCGUGAUGCUAGAACUAGCACUGGUGAACCGCCAGCAUCAGAAUGUACACCAUUGCUUUCAUCAAACCCUGCCUCUGUGGCCUCCUCAUCUGUACUGUCAUCUUUCAGAUCUUCAAUAGGAUCAACUUCUGCUAUGCAAAUAGGCCCAUCAGUGUCACGAUCACCUUCUAUCUCUCAUGUUCACCCUCUUGCUUCCACUCCUUAUAUUCCACAAUCUGUUGGGUCCUAUCGUCAAUCUCCUUGCAUGAGUGUUAGUCGGAGUUCUGUAGAUCUCAGAAAUGCAUCUUCCCAAAGAUCUCAUGCUUCAUAUUUAGUUUCACCCCACUCCUUGGGUUACCCUUCCAUAUCACCUCUUAACUCGAGAUACAUGUCCCCAUAUCUUCCAAGCCCAAGCAAUGCAUCUCUGAGUUUUGUUGGUUCUUCCAGUCAUCAGCAGCAUCCACUGCAUUGCAGUGAGUCUGCUGCAAGUUUCUCUCCUUAUGCCUCGGCUUAUUCUCUUCCAGAAGCUUAAUUUGGAGUUCUGAGAAUUUUGUACAGAGCUAGAGUGGAGAUGCCAGUAUUUCGAAAAAGCUAAGAGGUAAGAGAACCUACAAUGGCACAUUCUUUUGACCUCGAAGUUAUCUUACAGCGACAUGUCAUGUCAUACUUGGGUUCUUUCUGAUUUAAUGAGCUGUUUUUUUUUUGGUCAGGUUAGGAUUGUGAUAUAAGCCGCCGGAUUUGUACAUUGUAGCAUAAGAAUGCGUGAUUUGUUUGUAACUUCAAAUUUAUAGGUGUGAUUCGGAAAACCGAUGUUCGACAAAUUUGUACAGAGAAGUUGAGUGUAUUGUGAUGUUUUGGGUUUUGUCGACA